UCAGUCUACCGGAAUUCGUCGCCACAUAAUUUUUAAUACGUCGGCAGUCGGCAGUUUUCUUCAUUCGUUCUUGUUGGAUUUUCUUCUUUCCCCUUAAAAUUUUUUUUUAAGUUUUCAAUUCUUUCAAAACAAAAAUUUUCCGCGGAUAAAAUUUUCACGCCACGCUUUAUUGAAGCAGAAAAGCGGUUCAAAUUUAUCAGGUUAAGCCGAAAGCUUUUUUGUGCGCGUCCUUGUUUGUGCGAAAGGAAAAUUGAAAUAGAAAGAAUCCAAAGUGAAUCUUAAAGAAAAAUUCAACGCGUUAAAAAGUGUGUAUGAACGAAGGAAGAAGAAUUCCACUUGGCUACUACCUAGUAACGAUUUGUAACAGUAAAAAAACAAAGUCAACAAUAGAUCAACUAGCAAAAAUACACAAUAAAUAACAGCAAAUAUAGCAACAAUAAAAACACCUAACUCACAGAUCGAGCAACAUCAAUCGUCAACCGUCAACAAUCAAGAAUUCACAAAUAAGUAAGCCAAGUUAGCAAACACGACGACGACUAACACCAAUUGGAAAUCUAAACAUUUCCGUUAGAAAAAAAAUAACAAAAAAUUACAACAGCAAUAAAAAAGCUAAAAAAAAAACAAAAUAGCUCAUUACUUCGGCGACUCAUAGCAAAUGAAUUAGGCGAAUUAAAGAAGAAAUAAAGUUUUUUUGUAAAAAAAAAAAAAUAGUAAACCUAAGUAAAAGCGGUAAAAUAUCACUAGCAACAAUAACUACAGCAAGUAAAGUAGUUGUAGUAGUAGUAGUAAACGGCUAUAGUAGAGGAGCAGUAAACUAAGAGCGGCCAAAAAAAUGUCAUUUCGCGUUGUACGAAGUUCAAAAUUUCGUCACGUCUACGGUCAGGCACUGAAACGUGAGCAAUGCUACGACAAUAUACGCGUCUCAAAAAGUAGUUGGGACUCCACAUUCUGUGCGGUGAAUCCGAAAUUCUUGGCCAUCAUUGUGGAAUCCGCUGGCGGUGGAGCCUUCAUUGUACUGCCACAUAAUAAGGUCGGUCGCAUAGCUGCCGAUCAUCCAUUGGUGGGUGGCCAUAAAGGACCUGUGCUGGAUAUUGCCUGGUGUCCGCACAAUGAUAAUGUGAUCGCCUCUGGUUCUGAGGAUUGUGUGGUGAAGGUUUGGCAAAUACCUGAUGGCGGUCUGUCGCGUACACUCACCGAACCAGUUGUCGAUUUGGUGUUCCAUCAACGUCGUGUCGGUCUUGUGCUGUGGCAUCCGUCCGCGCUGAAUGUGCUGCUGACAGCGGGCUCUGACAAUCAGGUUGUCAUUUGGAAUGUGGGCACUGGUGAAAUACUGGUACACAUCGACUCUCAUCCGGAUGUUGUGUACAGCGCUUGCUUCAAUUGGGACGGUUCGAAGUUGGUUACCACCUGUAAGGACAAAAAGAUUCGUAUCUAUGAUCCACGUAGCGGUGAAAUAGAAAGCGAAGCACUUUGUCAUGAAGGAUCGAAAGCAACGCGCGCCAUCUUCCUGCGUCAUGGACUCAUAUUCACCACCGGUUUCAAUCGCUCAUCGGAACGUCAGUACUCGCUACGCGCACCCGACGCCCUCAACGAACCCAUCGUCAUGGUGGAGUUGGACACAUCCAACGGUGUGAUGUUCCCACUUUACGAUGCAGAUACGAAUCUGAUUUACCUCUGCGGUAAAGGUGAUUCAGUCAUACGUUACUUUGAGAUAACACCAGAGCCACCGUUCGUGCACUAUAUUAACACAUUUCAAACGCCAGACCCUCAACGCGGUAUUGGUUUGAUGCCAAAGCGUGGCUGCGAUGUCACAACCUGCGAAAUUGCCAAAUUUUACCGGCUCAAUAAUAAUGGUUUGUGUCAGGUGAUCUCGAUGACAGUGCCGCGUAAAUCGGAUCUGUUCCAAGAGGAUUUGUACCCGGAUACACUGGCCGAAGAUGCGGCACAAACAGCUGAAGAAUGGAUCGCUGGCAAUGAUGCAGAGCCACUAACAUUUUCGCUUAAAGAUCGUGUCUCUAUUGUACAGGGUGGCUAUGUCUCACAAUCGGCCAGCAAGUCGCUGUCGGUGUCAAAGAAAGCGAAUAUCCUCAAUAAAGCUUCGGCGGGUACUUCGAAGAGUGCGAGCAGCGCAGUAAUUGGUGGCAAUCAUGCAACGUCGAUUAACAACAACGCAUCGAGCGGGUCCGGCGGUAUAAGCGGUGUCAGCGAAAAGGAUUUGCGAGACAUCACCGACGAAAUACGUAAGCUGAAGGCGAUUAUUGUGAAGCAUGAGAAUCGUAUACGUGCGCUAGAGGCAGCUGUGCGUGCACAAGAAGGCGACGAUGUCGAUGCAAGACCAGCGGCGUCGGCAGCCGCUGCUGGCAACGGCAAUACUUCGUCCAAGUCGGCAACAGAUGGUGGCGCGCAAAAGGAGAGCAACGACAAUAGCAGUGCCAACGAUCAGAGUCACCCGACCACCACUGCGAACGACGAUGAAUUUAAUUAAAUUUAUAUUAAAAUAAUUUUUAAUUAAACUUGCUCCGCGACGCUUUAUCGAUUCAAAAUACGUUUCGUUUGUAUUAAUAUUAAUAUUAUUUUAUCGAUUUUUAAAUUAUUUUAAAAUAAUACUUAGAGCUUUUUCCACCUUUUAAUUUUAUGAAAACCAGAAAAAUACAUUUUUACAUUUUCAUUAUUACAUUUUUAAAUAAACUUAAAGAAAUAUUGUUUGUAAAUUGUCCACUUACACACACACUCACACACUCUAAAUGUGCUUUAGUUAGACUUAAAAUAUCGUAAAUAACAAUUAAAAAGAAAAAUAAAAACAAGAAAAUGUAAAAAGCAAAACUUGUUAGAAAAUCGUUAGAAGUUGUCUGUAAUUAAAACAACUGAAAAUAAAGCAAAUCGAAAAUUUGUAUAUUAAGAUUGUA